AUGGCUGAAUCUAUAAACCAAUGGUACAAUGCGUACCCCACACCAUCAUUCAAUACCCCACGCAUAAAUGCAGAGAAAUUAGCAGAAACCAUGGCGAACAAAGUGCCUGGGGUAGAUUAUGUUGUAGUGGAUAUUUCAACCCUUCCCCAGAACGUCUUUAUUAAAGGCGCUGUCAAUCUCCCCGCGCAGUCAUUUUAUCCUACACUCUCAACACUCACUACAGUACUCUCUAAAAUCCCGGAUGUAAUCUUCCACUGCAAUAGCUGUACUGAAACGGGUCGAGGCCCCCGUGUAGCUGGUUGGUAUGCCGAUCAGCUCAAACUACUUGGGAUUACCACCUCCAAGCCAUGGGUACUCGAUGGGGGGAUCAAGAAGUUCGGGACUCUGUAUAGCGACAAUGAUAAAUUGGUGUCAAAGCUAUGA